UGAGAGAUUGGAGCAUUGGAGGAAAAUUGCAAGCGAUUUAACCUCUGGGAGUGGAGUAUGUCUGUUGAUUGUUUGUAAAUACUUUGUGAGGGGGUUUAUUUUUAAUUACAAUGCAGAUGGCAGGGACUGGGGACCAGAAGGGAUCAGCAGAGGGUGGUGAUGGAUUUGAAAUGUUAAGGAAAAAGUUGGAGCUGAAGUCAGAGGCUCUGAUUGUACUGAGUCAGGAACUGGAACAGUGCAGGAGCCAGAGAGAUCAGUUCAAGAUGAUGGCUGAACAGAUUCAGGAGAGGUUCUGGCAUUUCAAGAGGCAGAUCAAUGACUCCAAAGAACUCAGAAAAUACAAUCUGGAUGGAGACUUCAGGAUGAUGGACCUGAUAACAGAACUCCGAGAACAAAACAAAUGUCUGAAACUUCAGGUGGAAACUCUACGCCAAAAAUUGGAAGAUGCUCAGGGUGAUAUUAAAGUUCUAAGAAGAAGUAAUCAAUCAAAUAACGAGCAGAACAGCUUGCCACUUGCUCCAGCUGCUCACGAGAGAGAAGAGAUGAUCGAACAAUUAGAAAAACUCAAUGUCCAGUGCACUCAGCUGCAGGCGGACUUGCAGUCAGUUUUGGACGAGAAACACGAGCUCGAGACUGAGAGAGAUGCCUUCAAAUGCAAAUCCCAUCGGUUGAAUCACGAGUUAUCAAAGGCACUUAAUGCUACACAACCGGUGGACUUGGAUUCUCUUAUAAACGAAAAUAGAUAUCUGCAGGACCGUUUACAGCAGGUUUCAGAGGAGAAAGAACUGGCCAGACAAUCGCUAUCAAAAUACAAGGGAAUGCUUGACAGCAAAAGAGUGAAGGGGAGCAUCAAAUUAGGGGGUAAUGGGGCUGCUGGAAAAAUCAUAACUCUGAAGCAAGUUGAGCAGUUGCUGCAGCAGGGCAUGAAUAUCUCUUCCCAUAAAUCAACAGCAGCCCUCUCUGACCUUCGGUGCCUCUGUUCUGCACUGCUCGAGGCUCUUAAUGAUAAGACAUUGGCCCUUGUCCAUCAGAAGAAAGCUAACAAAAUUUUGGCAGCGAGAAUUUGUGAAUUGGACACCGCGGUUCCUUCUCCCACUGCAAAAUUACUCGAGGGAUAUGCUGGCGUCGAGGUGGACAAUCUUGAGGACAAUAUCAGAGACUCCAGUCUCCAAAAUUACGAAGAGAAGAGUUUAGAGGAAAAUAUUGAAAAGAAUGGCGACGACUCGGAGAUCAAUGAGUUAUUAGGUACUGAGUCUCUUGCAUCCAAGUCAGAGAGUAAUACUCCGUCGAAAAUAUAUUUAGGCUUGCCUCGAAACCUUGAAGCGCUUGUACAGAAGGCGUUACUCAGUUUGAAGGAGAACGAAAUGGAUAAAUCGUGAGGAUUUUGCUUUUCUUAACUUUCGUCACCUACAUUUCUUAUCGUUUCUUAUCGCAUCGAGUUCAUUCUAAGCUUCGAAUCAUUCCUCAUACCAAAGAAAAAAUCUAGUCUCUACCAGAGAACAAACAUCAAUGAUCUACUGAGAUAUCUCUCAAUUCAGAGAUUUAUUCCUAAUUAUAUUUUUUAGUAAUUAAUUAAAUUACCAAUUAAUUUCUCUCAACUCUUUUUUAGUUGAAGGAAUGUUGGAAUCUAUUAUAAAUAUCGAAUGUAAUUUUCAUUUAUCGCAAAUGAAUUGCGUUAUGUAAAUACAAGAAUCAGGUUAAUUUGAAAGAAUUAUUGAUAUUAACUAUCUCCUUAUUAUUUCCUUAUGAAUA